AUGGGAGACAAACAACCACACCUUAACGGCGGAUACUACGGCCCAUCGAUCCCUCCCCCGCCGCCGUCAAAAUCCAAACGCCGAUACAACUCCUCCUCCCCCCCGGGCUGCUGCUGCUUCACCUGCAUCGGAAGCUGCAUCGGAAGCUGCCUAAAAUGCUGCGGCUGCUGCAUCCUAAGCCUAAUCUGGAACAUCCUCAUCGCCGUCGCCGUGAUCCUCGCCGUAACCGCCUUGAUCCUCUGGCUAAUCUUCCGCCCCAACGCCGUCAAAUUCUACGUCGCCGACGCAAACCUAAACCGAUUCAGCCUCGACUCAACCAACAACAGCAACCUCCACUACGACCUCGACCUCAAUUUCACGAUCCGGAACCCUAACCAGCGGUUAGGAGUCUACUACGACGUCGUCAAGGUGAGUGGGUACUACGGAGGGGAGAGGUUCGGAUCUGUCGACGUGGCGCCGUUUUAUCAGGGGAGGAAGAACACGACGGUGGUUGUUACGAAGAUGGAGGGGCAGAAUCUGGUGGUGCUUGGGGAGGGAGCGAGGGAGGAUCUGAAGGAGGAUGAGGGAACCGGAGUGUACCGGGUUGAUGUGAAGUUGGUUAUGAGUGUUCGGUUUAAGUUUUGGGUUGUUAAGUCGUGGAAAGUCAAACCGAAGAUUGGGUGUGAUGAUCUUAAGGUUCCUUUGGGUGCCUCUAAUUUGACUGGCGGGUUUAAGUUUCAGACUGUGCAGUGUAACUUUGAGUUUCGUUAG